UGUGUGUGUAUAUAUGAGUGUGUGCGUUUAUGAGUGUGUAUUGCGGAACGGCACGGGUUAACAGAGCUCGAGACACACUCCGGUAUGGGGCGGUGCUGCGCAUCUGAUUGGCUACCGUUUGUCUUACGCAAUUGAUUCGGGGUUGAGUUGAGUCGGCAUGACGCAAAGAGUGAGGGGUGUGUGUUAUGCGCGGAAUCAACUGUAGAAACAAUAACAUUUAAGCGAGACCCCCUACACGGCGAACACGACAGGUUUAAAUGCGGUCGUGAGAAAAGCGGAACAGUCAGCAGAGUCACAGGCGACUUUUCAGCAUCCGGGAAACUUCUUUUUCGGCUCAACGCGAAGGCACGAGCGAAGAAGAUGCCUCCUUUGUGACAGGCUCGAGCGAAUGAGCUCUCUUCACAACUUCAUCUCAUUUCGCGUUUUUUUCUUUAGACCUCCUGCGCCCGGACUGGCAUGUGGGUCAAUUCUGGAAGCGUUGGAAGAAUAUUUGAUACUACCAUCUAUAUUGAGGGCCCUCUCCAUGGAUAUAGACACAGACUAUGAAAGGCCUAAUGUGGAGACUAUAAAGUGUGUGGUAGUGGGUGAUAACGCGGUGGGAAAAACCCGCCUUAUUUGUGCUCGUGCCUGCAAUGCCACCCUCACGCAGUACCAGCUGCUCGCCACCCACGUGCCAACCGUGUGGGCCAUCGACCAGUACCGUGUGUGCCAGGAGGUGUUGGAAAGAUCUAGAGAUGUGGUGGAUGAAGUGAGCGUGUCUCUCAGGCUGUGGGACACAUUCGGAGACCAUCACAAAGACAGAAGGUUUGCUUAUGGCAGGUCUGAUGUGGUGGUGCUCUGCUUCUCCUUGGCUAACCCAAACUCCCUCCGCCAUGUCCGUACCAUGUGGUAUCCCGAGAUUAAGCACUUCUGCCCCCGCACCCCUAUCAUUCUGGUGGGCUGUCAGCUGGACCUGCGUUAUGCUGACUUGGACGCAGUGAACCGAGCUCGUAGGCCUCUGGCAAAACCCAUAAAACCCACUGACAUCCUUCCACCAGAGCGAGGCCAUGAGGUGGCUAAAGAACUAGGGGUGCCCUACUACGAAACCAGUAUUGUCGCCCAGUUUGGCGUCAAGGACGUCUUUGACAAUGCCAUCCGUGCAGCACUGAUUUCUCGCCGCCACCUCCAGUUCUGGAAGUCCCAUUUGAAGAAGGUUCAGCGGCCUCUUCUUCAGGCCCCGUUUUUGCCUCCCAGGCCCCCGAGGCCUGUAGUAGGUAUCCCCGACCCACCUCCCAUGGAUGGAGAAGGCCCUGACUCUCUUUUCUGCCAGCCUUUAUGCUCAGAUGUCCUGUUCCUUCUCCAAGGUGGUGCCACUCGUGUUUUUGCUCAUAAGGUCUACCUAGCCACUUCCUGUUCCAAGUUCUACGACCUGUUCACCAUGGACCUAGGAUCCACAGAGGAGGACAAGGAUGGAGAUGAGACUCUGGAGGGUGGUGAGGAGGAGGAGCAAAGUCGAAGAGGAGCCAAAGAGCAGGCAGGACGUGCCAAGAGCCUUGACAUUGAUAAAGAUGGUGAUGGGGGGACCAAGGGAAGCAGGAGACUGCUUUUCCUGGAGCAGGGCUCAAUGAGGACUUCCCAAAGUGAUAAUGCCCUCCCAGCCAGGGGCCAGUACCCUGUGGGGUCCCUGGGGACGGGCCGUCCGCUUUCAGGAUGGGGUCGGGGCUUCCUCGGUGUGUACCUGGAAAGGGUGGAUGACCCUGUAACGGGUCGACCAAGACUCAUGACAGUUGUGUCCAUGGAUGAACUCAUUCAGGAGGCACCUUUCAGGGCCGUGCUGCAGUACCUGUACACAGGUCACCUAGAUGAAGGCCGGAGUGACCUGAUGCAGGUGGCCACCAUCGCUGAGCUUCUAGAAGUCUUUGAUCUGCGCAUGAUGGUGGCCAACGUGCUGAACCGUGAGAGCUUCAUGAACCAGGAAAUCACCAAAGCCUUCCACGUGCGUCGGGCCAACCGAAUCAAAGAGUGCCUGAGCAAAGGCACCUUUGCUGAUGUGGUGUUCCAAUUGGAUGAUGGCUACCUACCUGCCCACAAGCCUCUGCUCAUCUCCAGCUGCGACUGGAUGGCGGCCAUGUUCCGUGGGUCUUUCAUGGAGAGCUACAUAGAGGAGGUGUCCAUACCCAACACCAGUACUGCCUGCAUGAGAGCUGUGCUGGAGUAUCUGUACUGUGGAUUGCUCACACCUUGCCCUGAGUUGGAGCCGAUUGACCUCAUAAUAUUAGCCAACCGUCUCUGCUUGCCCCGCCUUGUGGCUCUUACAGAGCAACAUGCGGUUGACGAGCUCUUGCAGUGGGCAGUAAAAGGAGCGGACAUUGACGGACAGGUGCUGGCUUACCUAGAGAUGGCUCAGUUCCACAAUGCCAAACAGCUGUCUGCCUGGUGUCUCCAUCACAUUUGCACCAACUACAACAGUGUGUGUCGCAAGUUCCCCAAAGAUAUGAAGAACAUGUCUCCAGAAAAUCAGAAGCACUUUGAGAAGCAACGCUGGCCUCCCGUCUGGUUCCUCAAGGAGGAAGAUCGCUACAACCGCUCAAAGAAGGAGCGGGAACGCGAGGAAGAAAUCCUGCGCAAACAGCACACCAAGCGUGGCUGGUGCUUCUGGAGACACCCAUCCUCCUCUGCACCCCACAUCUCCUGAGGGUGCAUCCUUAUCUGACAUCCACCACCACCCACACCCCAAACCGCUCUCCCUGUCUCGGCCUCAAGACUCACAGCUGAGCCUGGAACGACCUGUGUCUGUGUCCAAUGUGUGCGUCCUGGCUGAUGGAUGUUUGUCUGGGGCCUCUUCGCCCCCAUGUUUCUGCCUUCUCUCAUCAAGCCAGGUUUGAUGCCAAGCCUGAGGCAAAAAGCUGUGGCCCAUACAACAUACAGCAGUUUUUAGCUCAUCAGCUGAAGGAGAGAAUUUCUCACUCUGUCUUGUGUGUUUCACUGUGUUAAUCAAGGAAGUGUGGAGGCCUCGUAGGGACACCACAUAGGGAAUGUCUUCAUGGCAAUGAUCUGCCUUCACCUUUUAAGACUGUUAUUCUUGUGCUACAACUACAAACCCACGCAUCCUCACUCACCCCCUCAGUACCUAGCCUAGGCGCUGGCGCCCGAGCAUGCAUAGAGCAUGGUACUGUUGUGAUGAGCUUCUCCUGGGGAAAAUAUCCAACAUAUAUGAGCUACGAAUACCUUGCACCUAGCACCUAAAACAGCGUCAGGGAUUUGUUAUUCUGUAAACCGCAAAGGUAAAUCCAGCUGAACUGUGGUACGUACUUUUUUUUGCCUCAGUAAUGAGUAACCUUUGCCUGUCCUCUCCUAAGAGGAAGCAAAAUCUUUCCUUCGGCUCUUCCGUAGCCCCCUUUUAGCUCUUUGUGUUAAUUAUUUGUUGUUUUCCAAUGAGGCACUAUUGGGGGAAACUCCACUCAAGGGCCCUCAUUUAUCAACAUUGCUUACUAACAGAUCUCUGCAGAAAUUGUGUUUAUGAGUGUGGAAUUUAUCAAAACAAACGUUCACUUAGGUUUUUGUGCAUGAUUUUGUAUAGGAGUGCAAACGAAUACUGACAAAUUUGUGUCAUCAGUCAGAUUGGCGAGAAUGAAAUGAGGCAAACAAAUGCAAUACCAGUUCUGACUUCAUUUACAAGAACCCAGAUUUUUGCCUACAGGCACAUUUCAGAGGGAAUAUAGCACAUAUUUCCCAAACACCACAAACAAUAAUAUUAAACAGCGCAGCUUAAUUAUUCUCCACUUCAUCCAUUAAAUCUCAACUUCGGAAAGAUUUACUCAUUUGUUCGUGAACGUUUGAGCACCCUUUGAAGCAAUGCUUACAUAUUUAAUCGUGGGUGUGUCUGUGUUUAUCCGAGCAGUGAAGUGCACAUGCACAGGGGCUAUGAACAACCGAUAUUUAUUAAGCUUUAAAGGGCACACUUGUGCAUCUGAUAUGCAUACUCCUCGUUGAAUAAUCACAAAUUUACAGUGUAUAUGAAACUGUUUGGAAACUUUUCUACGCAAUGUUGAUACAUGUGGGUCAAGAAUGUUUAUUGGUAGCACUUAAAGUUGGCUGUGGGCAGAAACAACACUAAAUAAACAUGGUGCGAUGCUCCUCUCAUUAACCUAAGAAGGCUCUAAUAAAGCACCAAAGAGAUGAUUCUGGUUUGGGCAAAAAAACAUAACAUCUUAAUUUAGGGCUACUUCUACCACUGCCAUGGGAGUAUUACCAUGCAUUAUAAAUGCUGAUGGAUGAUUUUUCUUCUGACCGCUAGCAAUUUCUUUUUCUUUUCUUUUUUUACUUGUAUUUACUUCACCAAGCCACUAGAGGCAGUGUUGUUUCUUUAAUUCAUAUAAUGCUUUAGACCAAGGAAUUUAAUCCAGUAUUCUUGCCUUUUUUUUCUUUUUUUUUAAUGGUUUUCCACCUUUAUAUAUAAGAGUAACCUUUCAAAACUUUUGUCCUGGAGUUUUAAUCUACUCAAUUGCAACAUAACCAAAAAUAAGGUUGCCAUGUUGUUCCUUUUCCUCGUCUUCACUGAGAACUAAAUUAUCUUCCCUCAGUCUAGCCUGCUGUGUUCUACCUCUGCAGACAGAAAGAAGUUUGGGAUUCAGUGUGUGGGGUUUUUUUUUGUUUGUUUGUUUGUUUAAUUUGGAAAUAUAAGACCACAGAGUUAAACCUUUACUUUCCAGUUAAGCAGUGAGAAUGGUGCUUGGAAUUACUAAAUAUCACAGUGAUAGUAUUCUUUUCUCACAGUGGUUAUUUUUCUUUGGCUUAUGUAAUUAAUUACUUUCCGUGUGACAAUCCGAAACAAAAAGAUUCUUGACUAUUUAGGAAAAGCAAAAGUUUGGGGUGGGGAAAAAUAAAGCUUUAUGACUUUCAGUUGAAAGGCUUGUAGCAAAAUGGAUGAUGGGCUUCUUGCUAUUAUUGAUAUAUUCUACUGAAGUGGUAUUAAUGUGGUAACGUAGAACAGUUCGCUCUCUUCAGUUUUGUCCCUACAUCAAGUAUCAAGUAUUUCUUAAACACAUAGAGGUGUUGUUUGUAUCUGGUGAUCUUUAUUGCCCUGUGCCUGUUACAAUAUCGAAACUGAGUACAUCAAUUUUAGGUAAUUUAGGUAAUUGUUUGCUCGGGCUGUGAUGAAGAAGGCGAUAUGUCCUGAAAGCUGAGUUUCACACGAGUGCUAUUUUUGUAAAUGUUAAAACAGGAAAAAAAAAAAAAUGUUUAACUUUUUUUUUUUUUUUUUUUUUUGUAGCACCUUCCUCUAUUUCUGGCUUUCAGGUUUUUCACCUCCGUGAAGCUGCACCCAGGUGCCGGUGGUAGCUAGCUGGAGACAUAUGAUGUGGAAAGACUUUUUCUCACUAGAGACACGUUCGAAUAAUCAACAGCUACUGAAAUAGACAUGCGAGCGAAUCUCAACAGGCCCGAGUGUGAAUGAAGCUGAUCUUCGGAAGGAAAUAAAUAGCAGAAGACUUUUAACACAUGGAAGGAGCUCUUUCUGCCCCCCUUUUAGACAGGUUUAGUUAAUUAAAUAGUAGUUGUUGAUCUAAAAUGAACCUGUGUUCUGCAAAAUAUCAUGCCAGGUUUACAAUUGCUCCGCCCGAGCGCUUUAGUAGUGAUGUUAAAAACAACUGUAAACUAGUUCUCACAGACAAAUCAAUAGUGUUUACACUUCUACAGUGUAUUUCUGGUCUUGAAGAUGGAAAGCCGUGGUGAUUUUGGGGCACUUUAUUCUUCUUUUCUUUUGUCCCUUGAUAUAUUUUCUGUCUGGAUCUGUUGAGCAUGACUGUUUCCUUAACUCCAGCAUUUUAAAACGACAUUACAUUUUGUAGCAUGGUAAAUUUUCUUCCAUAACUGUUGGACGUUUUAAGCUCCAUGCAGUUUGUGUUCAGUGUUUGUUGGUGAAGGCAAUGAUGUCUUUUGUAUAUAACCUGUGUGCUUUAUUGUUAUUGCCUUUGCUAAGUUUGCUAGGUUUUAAGAAAAAGACAUGGUGUAUGAUGAUGAUGUGUUCCUGUAGUUCCGGGACGGUUUCGUGGAUUUGGUAUGAGUAUUAUUAGAAAAGUUUAUUACCGGCGUGGGUAACCUUUCGGAGACUUUUUCGACCGCACUAACAAUUAAUAAGCCCUUAUUAACAGUGUAACAGCCUAUGCACUUUAGCCUAAAUUGUGAAAACUGUUUAUAGUGAUUGCCUUGAAGUUAACAUGGAAAGCGAUGCACGUUUACAGGAAAUGUGCAUGAAAGAAUGGACUCUGAGACAUGAUUGCAUGCAGUCAUGCGUACGGUGGUUUUUAAGAAUCAACAACGUGUGCACUCCAUUAUUCUAUUCUUCUAAACGAGCCCAUAUACAAAAGCGUGUUACAUUUAGGGGAAACACUAACGACCAUUUUGUAUACAGUUUGUCACAUCAUUCCUCGGAAAAGAAAAAAGAAAGAAACAUAAAUUCCCCCAGAGGUUGCAAUAGUAAUGCUCCAUAGGGCUCAGAUUUGUUGUAUCCUGGCAUUACCUGUGCCUUUGAUUCUUUUCUCUCUCUCUCUCUCUCUUUUUUUUUUUUUUUAAGACAAAAGAAAUCGUGUUGCCUUUCUAAAGAGGGCCUCUUACUACUGCCUUUAGAUGUUGAAUAAUUGUAAAGAAAACCAUGUGUGCUCACGCAUAAACACACACAGGCACUUAGCCAGGCAGCUGACCACCGCAUUCCUCCUCUUACUGUCAGUGCCUGUGAACGUUAUGUAGCACAGCUUGCUGUUUCUCGAACCUGUCUUUAUGCUGCAUCCUUUUCAUUGCUUUUCUUGUAUCAGAUAUUUCCAGCUUUCUUUGUUUUUGCUGAACCGAGUGGAAAUAAAUGCUUUGGGUUCGACGUGAUCAUGCUGGUACGGCUGUGGGAGAGCAUGUACAGCCUACAGUAUCCGUCAUAGUUGGACGUUCCUGCCCCCUGCAGAAGCAAGUGAGAACUAUUGAACGCAGCUUAUUAUGCAGCACACAUUUUGAUGGAAAGACUUUCGCGUUAUCGGGAAGCCAAGGGCUGCACAUGCUUCUUCCUGUGCUGCUGUUUCCGUUCUGCUUCAGCAUCCCCUCUCCAAAUUGUACACUAUUAUUUGCUUCCAAAUAUGAGUUCCUCGUUUUCUGUACCUCACACUUUGUAUAUGUACCUCUUUUAGGAUUCAUUGCAGGAUUUUAUCUUUAGGUGAAACCUACUCCUCUAUUUCACAUGCAGUGACUUCAUAAGACAGAGCGUUACGUGUCCGGGGUUUUUUGGCAUUUUCUUUUUUUGGU